GGGCACGGACUUGGGGGGAAGGGGUCGCGCGUUGGGUGUUGUGUAGGGCGCCAUAAUAUUUGUUGUUGCCUUCCUUCCCUGUGUUACUAUCCGCAUCCGGUUAUUGAACUUAAAAGUGAAAGUCUGACCUACGAGACCAAAGAAGAUAUCACCCCGGCUAGAAAUUAAGAGUAGGGCCAGGUUGUUAGAAUAGACGCGAAAAAAUGGGCAAGAAGGCACAAAACAACACAGCCUUGGUGCGCCUGAGGCGUGACUACAUGCGCCUGAAAGCUGACCCUGUGCCGUACAUAUCGGCUGAGCCGCUGCCUUCCAACAUCUUGGAAUGGCACUACAUCGUUCGCGGACCGGAGGGCACGCCGUACGUGGGCGGCCUGUAUCACGGCAUGCUGCGCUUCCCCUCCGAGUACCCGUUCCGGCCGCCCAGCAUCUACAUGAUCACGCCGAACGGCCGCUUCAAGCCCAACACGCGGCUCUGCCUCUCCAUCAGCGACUUCCACCCGGACACGUGGAACCCCAGCUGGAGUGUGUCCACCAUCCUGACGGGCCUGCUCAGUUUCAUGCUGGAGGUCUCGCCCACCGUCGGCAGCAUAGAGACGUCCGACUAUGAGAAGCGCAUGUACGCCCACCACAGUCUGCAGUACAACAUCAACGACCCCACGUUCU